CGUAGCCUCACGUUCGUUUAUUGCCAACAUUACAGAUAGAGCUUUUAACAUACGAGAUAAUUAUUGAUAUUUUCUCAAUAUUAAUAUGGAAGCGUUAGCUGCGUUUGGCCUGGCCGCUAAUAUUGCGCAGUUCGUUGUUAUCGCCGGACAAACCAUUGAAAAAACCGUAUAUCUUUCAACUAAGCAGCAAAGUUUGUUGGCUGAAAAUGCAGACCUUGAAAAGAUAGUCCAGGAGUUCGUCGGCGCGGUUCCGAUGAUACAGCGAUUAGACUCAAAUAUUGUUGGAAGUAAUCCUAAACUCAAGAUACUAGCAGAGGAUGGCAAACGCAUAGCAGACGAGAUCCAGCAAAAGUUUGACAGCAUCAAGGCUCGAAGAGCUAAACGAAGGCGCACUGAGCGCCUAUUUGCGACCUUAAAGGAGUUAAGAAUGAAAGACGAACUGGAUUCAUUAAGCAGUCGACUCGCGGCUUUCCGAAGCGAGAUUACGCUACAUAUUAGCUUAGAACUCCUGGACCAUCAAGAGCAAAUAAGGCAGAACCUAAACGGAUAUACUGAGAGCAAUCAUGCUUAUAAAAAUCGCAUUGAAGCCCAAUUAGGAGAGCUCACUGAGAAAAUAGACAGUCUCACAUUUACCGAGUCUCUUGAUGAAGGGGGCGAGAGAGUUUGGAGAGGUACAUCGAAGCAGCUCGGAGAGCUUGUAAGAGGAUUUAACUCUUGGUAUCCCCAGAUGCUAGACUUCCAGAAAACCCAGAGAAUCAUCAACAGCCUCGAGUUUAGCCAGAUUGAGGAGCGGCGAAACGCUAUUCUAGAUGCACACAAAAACACUUAUAAAUGGGUCUUUGAUGGCGACGUUGCUAAUCUGAAAUCUUGGCUUACAACGGAAGACGCUUCCAUAUAUUGGAUAACCGGAAAUGCCGGCUCCGGAAAAUCAACACUAAUGAAAUACAUCCGCGAGCACCCCCGACUAUCUGCUCGGCUCAGGACCUGGGCUGGAAGUCGGAAACUUUACGUCGCGUGCCAUUUCUUCUGGAGCGCGGGCACUCCGAUGCAGCAGUCACAAGAAGGGCUACUUCGCACGCUGCUUUUUCAAAUUUUGCUCGAAUGCCCAAGUCUAGUCUCUCAGGUAUUUCCGGAACAGUAUAAAAGGCCAUUACAUCAUUGGGAAGUCUCGAGGGGGCUCAGGUGGACAACUAAGGAGCUUCUGGACGCGCUGAUUUCGCUCCCCUCAGUUAUAAGUCCAGAUUGUCUGUUCAUCUUCAUUGACGGCCUGGAUGAAUAUAGCGGGGAGCAUGGCUCACUGCUAGAAAUAAUCAAGUCCCUUGCUAAGGUGCGGAAUAUCAAGCUAUGCGUUGCUAGUCGUCCCUGGCUUGACUUCAUCGACGCUUUCGAAGAUAGUCCUUGGAAAUUAUAUCUACAGGAUCUGACGAUGCCUGAUAUUGAGACGUAUGUUCGCGAUAAUCUAGAAUCCCAUUUUCGAUUCAAACAACUGAGCAUCCGGGAUGAGGGUGCCGCCCAAGGUCUUGUAGAUAAAAUCACUACAAGAGCUCAGGGGGUGUUUCUAUGGGUCUAUCUAGUCGUCAAAUCCAUGAUUAGAGGCCUUAUAAAUGCGGAUAGUAUGAAAGACUUGCACCGCAGGCUGGAUGACUUGCCUCAACAAUUAGAAGACUUUUUCGACCGAAUACUGGCUUCUAUUGACGAUUUCUACAAAACCCGAACUGCUCGAGUGUUUCUGAUAUUGGCCCAUGCUCGGACUCCUAUGACUCUCAUUUCCUUCUAUUUUCUUGACCAUGAGGAAGGGCUACCUUUCGACCCCGAGUCAUUCCUCUUAGAGUGGCCAGCGGUGAACGAGACAGAGCUGGAAGUGAUAACGACAAAGAAAAGACAGUUAAUUGCGCAAUGCAAGGACUUAAUACAAAUCAUCGAGCGGCCAAAGGAUCCCAUUAUGUUUAACUUCACAGCUAUCUUCCUGCAUCGUACGGUUAUAGACUUUAUCAGUCAGCCGCGCAUCCACGAAAAUCUCGUUGAGGCUGCCGGAGCAGGUUUCAGCCCCAUAACAACACUGUUUGAGACCAAUGCUAGACAAUUCGAAUCCUUAAUCCAUUUACUCCCAAGGGUAUAUCUAAAGCCUUACUUACGAAAUUGGUACCUAGCUUCUAUCUAUUACGCUCGCGAGAUAGAGGUGUCCCUUGGUAUAUCAGAAACACAACAGCUAGAUCAGAUAAACAAAUCACUCAUCAGCUAUUUGGGAGCGAGGGGCAUGACAACUUAUUCAUUCAAUGAAGCACUUUCUAAACUCUUUGAUGGCGAAAAUAGUUUUGAGAAUAUUCCAUCUUAUGACUCCUUCUUCGACCUUGCAGUUCACUGUGGGUUGCGCCUCUAUUUUAGCGACAAAGAACAGAGAGCGGAUACCUUACUCCUGUCACUUAAGCCGAUUUUAUGUAUUGAGCAAACUUCAGGCUUUUUAAUUAGUCAAGUCCCUGAUGAGUUACAAUCGCGACCGCGCCUAACCACCAUUCCCGGUAGACAGCCCUACAGCAACACCUUCCACAUGUUUACGGCAGUAGAAGAAGAAUUGUAUUACUACCAACUGAAAAUGACACGGCCGAUAGAGCCAGUGAGAUGGAUAGAACGGGCAUCUGAACGAUCAGAACAUACAAUGACGCCAGUUUCCGUGCCGCGGAAAGAAUCUAGGAUAGGGGGGUUUAAACGGCUAUUGCUGAAGUUACGACGCUAAAUGAAACACUCUAGGUACAUUUCCUUGUUGGAUAUGCAUUACUAUUGCCCCUAAUCUUAGUAUCUUGACCUAGCUUGAAAGUUAUUGAUGUUUUCAAAUAUAAUAGCGGGUGGCUCGGAGUUAGGAUGCUUCUUCAUGCUGUUUAUUGAAGGGCUCCGGAUUUCAUUAGUACCGAGGUAUAUAAAGUUUAAUAUAUGUUAGCAUGUGUGGUGGAUUUAUCUCAUUUACAGCAUAUUUCAACACGUUCAGCAGUAUGGCAUUCGUCGAGCACCAUUUCAGCACGGCCGUUUAACAUUACAGAGCAUGUUAUCAGACCGUCUCUAGAAUAUACCUCGGUAGCCUUCUAUAUCCAGCAUAUAAUCUAAACGAUAUGUGGCAUCUCA